CCCCACACUCUCCGCUUUGCUCCCUGAGUGUCCUGAAGCAGGGGGACGGGCUCCCGGGACUUCCCACGGCAAGACUCACCUCAGAAUCUUCAUCUGCAGUUACAAAAUGAGCAACUCCUAUUGUCAGAGGUAUCAUUCUGAGCACCUCCAUAUAUUUCCAAGAGCAAAGAAAAUUAAUAUAUCACCUGUGAUGUUAGCAUUUGAAGACCUGGCUGUGUACUUUACGUGGGAGGAAUGGCAGAACAUGAACAAUGCUCAGAAAAUGCUGUACAGAGAUGUGAUGCUGGAGACCUACAGCAGCCUCUUCUCCUUGGGGCAUUGUACUACCAAACCUGACUUGAUCUUCAAGUUGGAGCAAGGAGCAGAGCCAUGGAUGGUGGAAGAAUGCCUGAAUCAAAGCCUUCCAGUUGCCAUGAAAAGAGAUGACCUGAUUUGGACAAACCAGGAAAAUCAGGACAAAAUUCUGAGUCAACAUGUUAUGAAAAAUAAAACAUCAACUCUCAAGAGAAUUGAAUUAAGAAAAAAACUUCAUUUAAGUUCAAGCCAUGUUCCAAAUCUGAUUAGCAAAAAGGGAAACUUUUUAAGAAUGAAACCUGAGGAAUGCAAUGGAUGUCACAACGUGUAUCCCCUCAGUGGGCCUGAUCAACUACAAGCUGCUGAAAAAUGUGAUGCCACUAAGGUACCUGGGAAGUCACUCCAGUUCUGUGAGCCUAUUAGUCAGCAUCACAAGAGUCAGACUGUGAAGAACACACUUGAAAAUAUUGGACCAGGGAAAGUCUUCACAAGGGAGAAUAUAUUCUGUAAAUCUGAAAGGAUUCAUAUGGAAGAAACUUGUAAUACAUCAACUGUCACUGUUGAAAAGACAACUCAAAUAAAAAAGACUUUCUAUAAAAAUUCUAAUCUUAGUAUGCAUCAAGAAACCCAUGCAAGAGAAAAAGUAUAUGAAAAUAUUAGGUAUGUGGAUCCCAACACUUACCAAUCACAUCUUGCAAUAAAUCAGAGACCACAUACAGGGAAAAAACCCUAUGCAUGUAAACCUUGUGAAAAAUCAUUCGAUUGUAAGUGCUGUCACAACAUCCAUUACAGUACUCACAUACAGGAAAACCGCAAUGUGUGUAAUGAAUAUGGAGAGCCCACUUAUCAGACGUCAGAUCUCAUUACACAAAAGAAAAUUCACAAACAGAGGAGGCCACAUGAAUGUAAAGAAUAUGCAAAAGCCAUUUUCCAGAAAUCAUACUUCAUAACACAUCAGAGAAUUCACACAGGGGAGAAACCUUAUGAAUGUCAUGACUGUGGGAAAGCCUUUGGCCGUAAGCCACACCUUAUAAGGCAUCAGAAAAUUCACACAGGAGAGAAACCUUAUGAAUGUAAUGACUGUGGAAAUGCCUUUCGCAAUAAGUCAGAACUCAGAAUGCAUCAGAUAACUCACACAGGGGAGAAACCUUAUGAAUGUAAUGCCUGUGGGAAAGCCUUUGGCCGGAAGUCAAGCCUCAUAAUUCAUCAGAGAAUUCACACAGGGGAGAAACCUUAUGAAUGUAAUAACUGUAGAAAAUCCUUUUGCUCUAAAUCAUAUCUUAUUGCACACCAGAGAAUUCACACAGGAGAGAAACUUUAUGAAUGUAAUGACUGUGGAAAAGCCUUUGGCUUUAAGUCAGUCCUCAGCAAACAUCAGAGAAUUCACACAGGGGAGAAACCUUAUGAAUGUGAUGACUGUGGAAAAGCCUUUGGCUGUAAGUCAGCCCUCAGUAGACAUCAGAGAAUUCACACAGGGGAGAAACCUUAUGGAUGUAAUGACUGUGGAAAAUCCUUUUGCUCUAAAUCAUAUCUCAUUGCACAUCAGAAAAUUCACACAGGCGAGAAACCUUAUGAAUGUAAUGACUGUAGAAAAUCCUUUUGUUCUAAAUCACAUCUCAUUACACACCAGAGAAUUCACACAGGGGAGAAACCUUAUGAAUGUAAUGACUGUGGGAAAGCCUUUGGCUGUAAGUCAGCCCUCAGCAAACAUUGGAGAAUUCACACAGGGGAGAAACCUUAUGAAUGUAAUGACUGUGGGAAAGCCUUUUGCUCUAAAUCACAUCUCAUUGCACACCAGAGAAUUCACACAGGGGAGAAACCUUAUGAAUGUAAUGACUGUGGAAAAGCCUUUGGCUUUAAGUCAGUCCUCAGCAAACAUCAGAGAAUUCACACAGGGGAGAAACCUUAUGAAUGUAAUGACUGUGGAAAAGCCUUUGGCCUCAAGCCACAGCUCAUAAGGCAUCAGAAAAUUCACACAAGGGAGAAACUAUUUAUGUGAUGACUGUGAAAAGGCCUUCGGCCAUAAAUCACAACUCAAAAUGCAUCAGAGAAUUUACAUAGGGGAGAAGUCUCAUGAAUGUAAUGACUGUAGAAAAGCCUUCAGCCAGAAGUCAAACCUCAUAAUGCAUCGGAGAAUUCACACACAGGAGAAAAUCAUUCAUGUAAUGACUAGAAAAUCCUUUUGCUAUAAAUCACAACUCAUGAAACACCAGAGAAUUCACACAAGGGAGAAACUUUAUGAAUGUUAUAGUGUGGGAAAGUCUUUGGCCAUAAGUCACAUCUCAUAAUCCAUCAUAGAAUUCACACAGGAAGGAAUCUUAUGAAUGCAAUGACCAUGGAAAAUCCUUUUGCUAUAGACCAUAACUCAUGACACAUUGGAGAAUUCACACAGGGAGAAACCUCAUGAACCCAGAAACUGGAAUAGCCUCUGGCCAGAAGUCGAACCUCAUAUUACAUGAAAUAAUUCACAUGAGAGAAGCUUUAUGCAUAUAAUGACUCUGAAAGGCCUUUGGCCAUAAGCCACAGCUAAUAAUCUAUCAGAAUUCACAGAGGAGAGAAAUUUCAUGAAUGGUGCUCAAAUUCUGGAGGUAACUGAAGUGUAUUAAAUAGAUGAGCACAAUCUCUGGUGGUAGAAGUCAAAAUAAUGAUCUGAUCUGGAAAGCUGGGCAGAGUGCUAGUAGGAUCAACAACAGAUUGAUCAGGACUGAGACUGUAGCACAUGAGUGAUUUAUUUAGGACUUGAGGCCAAAGAAAGAGUGAAGACAUAAAAAACAUGAGGAGGGGGAGCAAGUUCACAGAAGAAAGUGCUGCUGAGUAGGUGGCUAAUGUGAGCCAGUUGGUCUAUAUAUUGAAUUAUGUGGUGCCAAGAUAUUGCUGUCAACUGAUCUCCUGAGAUUUGGAAUCUGCGGCCAUUGUGUACCACUGGAUAUUUUCUCUGAUCUUUUCAUAACCUUAACUUGAGUAAGCAGUAAGAGAGACUGGAAUAUUCAAUACAAAUUAAGAAAAGAGCUUUGUACGUUUGUUAUACUAAAAUGUGCUGGUCAAUGAAGAACAGAUCAUAGAGGUCCACUCAGUAGAAACACAGUUGGUCACAAGAGUGAAUGAAUGGAAAAUUGUGAACAAGCUUUAUAUUAUGCAUUUAUGUUUAAAGUUGAUUGAUUUAUUGAAAGGUCUUUGGUGCAAUGCUUAAUAAAGCACUUGGGAUGUCCACA